AAUUUAAAUUCGUAUUGACAGACUGUUAGCAAAUCACCAAAAUCUUCUUCUUCCACAACAUGCUCUCCAUCUCCAUUCCCACACCUUCAAACUCUCAACCGUCUCCUUCAAAUUUUCAAUCGAUCGAAUCGAUCGAUCGAUCAUGGCAUCCUCUCACCGCCGCCGCUACUGUUUCCUCCUAGCGCUGUUUCUGCUCACUGCAGCGUGCACCCCCGCCGCAUCCUCCUCCGACGCCACCUACGCCAAAUCCCUAAUCAAAUUCAAGCAGUCGCUCACCAACGCCGCCGCGCUCGACGGCUGGCGCGAGCCGGCCGUCAGCCGCCUCUGCUGGCGCAACAUCCCGGUCUGGACCGGCUGCAUCUGCUCCAACGGCUCCUUCGUCGGGCUGCGGCUCCAAGGCAUGGGCCUCGGCGGCGCCAUAGACGCCGACGCCCUCGCCGAUCUGCCGCUAUUCAGCUUCAGCGUGGCGCACAACAACUUCUCGGGGCCGUUCCCGAACGUGGAGAAGCUGCGGAAGCUCAGGAGCCUGUACUUGACGAAUAACGGCUUUCGCGGCGAGAUUAGGGGCGACGCGUUUGCAGGGAUGAAGGCUGUGAGGAAAGUGGUGCUCGCCGGGAAUUACUUCACGGGGAAUAUUCCGGCGUCGUUGGUGGAGUUGCCGAGGCUCGUCAAUUUGCAGGUGCAGGAUAAUCUGUUCGGCGGGAGGCUGCCGGACUUCCGGCAACCUAAUUUGACGGCGAAUUUCUCCAACAAUAGGCUUCGAGGCCCCAUACCGGUGGCGCUCAGCAACCAGAAUGCUAGCUCUUUUUAUGGAAAUGUGGAGCUAUGCGGCAGCCCUUUAGCCCCAUGCAAACCAAAGAAGCGAUCAGUCUCAAAAAUGGCCUUCAUCGCAGCCGCCCUCGCCGGAGCUGCAUUUUCAGCGAUGAUAACUCUCACCCUCAUCCACCGCCGGCGUCCAAAACCCCUCAAAUACUCGAAAUCCAUCGACGGCUUCCCCAUGGAAGACCCAACUCACACCAAAAUGAAGAAAAAACCAGAGCAAAAACUAUGCUUCGUCAACAACAGCAUCCAAAGAUUCGAGCUGGACGAGCUCCUCCAAGCCUCGGCUGAAGUCCUAGGCAGCGGAAGCUUCGGCUCUUCAUACAAGGCCGCCCUCUCCGGCCGCCACUCCUACGUGGUCCGGAGAUUCCGGAGGAUGAACAACCUAGGUAGAGAAGAUUUCUGCUCACACAUGACGAGGCUAGGGAGGCUGUCGCACCCUAACCUCGUGCCCCUCGUGGCUUUCCAUUACAGGAAAGAUGAGAAGCUUCUCAUCACCAAAUUCGUCGAAAACGGCAGCUUAGCCAGCCACCUCCAUGGAAAGAGAGGCUCAGCCCAACCCGGGCUCGACUGGCCGACGCGUUUAAGGAUCAUCAAAGGCGUUGCAAGAGGACUAGCCUAUCUAUAUAAAGAACUUCCCACACUGAGCUUACCUCAUGGCCAUCUCAAGUCUUCAAAUGUUCUACUAGACAGCAACUACCGGCCCCUUAUAGCAGACUAUGCGUUGGCACCGGUGAUGGACAAGGAUCAUGCUGAGCAGCUCAUGGCGGCCUACAAGUCGCCUGAGUCCACACAGAGCGAGGGUGUGACGAGGAAGACGGAUGUGUGGAGCCUCGGGAUUCUGAUACUUGAGGUGCUGACGGGUCAGUUCCCGGCUAGCUAUCUGAAGCAGGGCAAGGGGCCUAGCUCGGAUCUGGCUACGUGGGUUGGCUCUGUCGUGGGGGAGGAGUGGACGGAUGAGGUGCUCGAGGGGGAGAUGGCCAGGUUGAUGAAAAUCGGGAUGUGUUGCUGCGAGUGGAAUGUGGAGAGGAGGUGGGAUUUGAGGGAGGCAGUGGAGAGAAUUCAAGAGUUGGGAGAGUGAUGAGUGAUGAUCAACUUACUUCACAUUUUUUACCUGCUUUUUCUUGUGCUCUUCAUUUAGAUCCCUUCUCUGCUACUUGCUGUAGAAACAACAGUUGAAUGAAGGAUGAAACAAACCAACAAACAUAAUCAGUUGUAUGUACAACACCAUGAAAAUGAGUUCUCUCAUUCUCUUUAACAUUUA